AUGAUCACAUCAGGCAGUGUCAGUAGCUCUGCUGACGAUCCCGCCCAAACGGACGAGAUCUGGGUGACCGUCGGCUGGUCGGAACGGCCGGAGCAGGAAAGCAAAGAGGUUAUAGGAUGGCCUCGCCAGUGCUGUCUGGCCGAUUUUGAUCUGACGUUUUCGGUCGGCCUCUAUACGGUCAAGAUCAACAGGAUGAGCCUUCGAAAGAUCCUUGAGCUCAAAUGCGGACCGAUUUACGCCUUGACAUACGGUGACGCUGCAUGCAAUCCUCCGCUCGGCAAGAAAGUGCGUUCUGGCUCGAUCGAUGCUGGUAUAGAGAACAGUUCUGGCUAG